UGUGCCUGAAAAAUACUCAUAGCAACCGUCUCCAAAGCGAUGACACAAAUAUUUGAAACAGCGCAAAAUUAAAGUUAAAGAAGCACCGAAAUUAUUCCAAAGAUGAACGAUAUCGAAAGAAAAUCAUUAGAAAAACACAUCGACGAUUUAGAACUUUCCCAUUUGAGUCUCGAAAAUGACAGUGACGGCUAUUUCGCCACAGUUAUCGGAAAUAUUGAAGAUGUAAUUAUGGAGGAUGAUUUUUCGAAAUUAUUAACGAGUUUUAUGGACAAACAUUGGAGGGAAUUCGAAGAUGCCGAGGAAAAUAAAUUGAUCUACACGGAUAUAUUCAAGGAAUAUUUAGAAACGAUCGAGAAGUAUAUUGAAGAAAAACUGAGAAAGAACAUCGCCGGUUUCGAUAUGAACAUUUUUGAGAAUGAGCUCAAGAAAAGGGAAAACGAGCUGGAUGGACAAAUAUUCGAAAUUUUGGACACUUUUUCCAAUUUCGAAGCCUUCAAGAGUAUGCUUUUAGAUUAUCGAAAUAUGAAAAUGGGACAUUCUGUCGAUUUUUCCAUGGACAUCUCAGUCAAAAAAUAUAUGAUUGAAAUGGAAUCCGAAGAAACUGGUGUACUUUGAGUAAAAAAAUAUGAAUUUGCAAAUUUUUAAUUCCAUUCAAUGCAUUAAAAUUUCCAUUUGUACUAA